UUUCUUGGACUGUUCCGAGAUUUUUCUUAGCGUGUUUUUUGUGUUUGUUUUUUCAUUUUCUAAUAUUUUUUCGGGUAUAUUUAAAGGCCUUCACUCCCCUUCUCUUCAUUUUGAUAAUUACAGCAACGGUGCUUGCUCGUGCUUCGUUCAAAGGCUGGUGCGCCGCCUCCUCUCGUACCGGGUGCUUUUUCCGGUAUUCGUGUUUGAGUUGAGCGCAAGUAAAAUUGGGGCUGUGCGUGCCCUUUUCCCUGAUUCGAAUCAAUAAGAAUUUGCAGAAAAAUUGAAAUGUUUUAAAAGGGUGGAAAAAGGAUUGAUUCUGCCUUUUCCCUCUCCAUUUUUCAUCCCACCUUUUUCUCGGUUCUUUGUUUAUUUUCAUUGAAUUAUGGUAUUGAAAGUAGCUCCAGCGUCACUGCACUGGUCUCAGCCAUCAGUUCCCCAAUCGCCGCCGUCUUCCUCCCAGACAUUGGCCUCCGCAAUCUCCUCGCCGUCGUCGCGGCGACGGAGCUUCUCCAGCGGCGACGGAUCCCUCUUCUGCCGCUUCGUGGAGAAGUCGGGCUUAUUCCUGGGCGCAAAUCCGCCCUCCAAUCUCCACCGCUCUCGAUCGUGCGGUAGCAACAAAAGAUCUCGCGCUCGGACAAUCCGAAAGGCCUUGUCCGCUAGCUUGGAUUCAUUCUCCGACGAAGAAUUCUCGAAGCAGAUUCAGGAAUUGGCGCUCAGAUUCCAGCUGAGUGAGGACGAUGAUGUUGAUGCCAAUACAAAAAUGGAUAAAACUUUCGAGACUAGAUUGGAUAAUGCCGGUGCAGGUGAGGCGAAGUUCUCGGAGGGUUUAAGGCCGUUUGAUUCCUUGGUUGUGCCCGAUUUUCCCGACAGGGGCGAGAUAAUUCCGGCCAAUAUUGAGAGGAGAGCAAACAGCGUUGAUAUCCCAUUGUCACUUAGGAUGAUCAAGAGGAAGAAGGAGCAGUGGCAGGGGGGGCUUGUGGGGGCAGGGGAAUCAGCUUAUUGCUCGAUGAAGAAGGCGUUUUCGUCUAUGGUGUUUAUAAUCCGAGAGCUCCAUAGCUAUACCUUGCAGAUGAGGUCUUUUUUGUACUACGAGGAUAUGCAAGGGAUUGUAGCCAAUGUGCAGAGGGAAAUGCACGCCUCGUUUGUAUGGUUGUUUCAGAAAGUUUUCUCCGAAACCCCGACUUUGAUGGUAUAUGUGAUGAUACUCCUAGCAAACUACAGCGUUUUCUCAAUGUCGACUAAUGCAGCCAUAGCAGCUACACCACCGAUGUAUGGUGCUGCUGCAGCAGCCACCACGGAGGAGGUCUCCAUGGUGGAUGAGCAGGGCUUGUCCCGACAGAAGUUUGAUGCAUCCAUUGUUAAGACACUGAAGUUGUCUUCCUCGACUGGGAAGGCAUCUUCAGUUGGAGGGAGCAACGGUGGUGGUGGUGGGAAGUUCCGGUCUGUUGGUAGUGGUACUGAUGGAGAUGGGAGAUUUGAGGAGUCGAAUUAUUAUAGUAGCAUUGCACCUGAUAGCGUUUCCUCGUUUGUGAAUCCGUCUAGGACUAGUGGGGAGGAGUCUGUCUCGAGGCAAGCUUCUGUGGAGGAGGAAGCAACCUUGUGGGAUUCGAUUGUGGAGGAGGCUGCCAAGAUGCAGGCUGCACCGGGGGAUGAGGUUUUGGAUCAAGAAACGAUGAAAGGAUUUGUUUCUCCAGUUGAUGCAAAGAUUGAAGCGGAUGAUAGUUCGGAUUAUUUUAGAAUGGAGUUGCUAUACCAAACAGAAUUGGCUCAAGAGCCCAACAAUCCACUUUUGCUAGCAAAUUAUGCUCAGUUUCUCUACCUCGUGGUUAGGGAUCUUGACAGGGCGGAGGACUACUUCAAGAGAGCCACGAAGGUGGAGCCGAAGGAUGCGGAGGCACUGAACAAAUAUGCCAACUUCCUGUGGGUGGUGAGGAACGAUCUGUGGGCAGCCGAGGAGACCUACUUGGAAGCCAUUGCUGCAGAGCCGAGCAACUCAUACUACGCGGCUAACUACGCCCAUUUCCUAUGGAACACAGGCGGUGAGGACACUUGCUUCCCUCUGAGCUCGCCCGAUGCAGAAUCAGAUGGUCUGUAAACUCUUCAAUGGUGCCAUCAAGAACAGGAGGCCGAGGCUCCCCAUCGAAUGGUCUUUGUUGAUGAUCAAACUCUUUGGAAAAGAAAAGGGAACAUAAAAAAGAGGAAAUAAAUACUUCAUCAGAUGGUCUUUGUUGAUGAUCAAACUCUUUGGGGAAAAAAAAUAGAACAAAAAAAAGAGAGGAAAGAUAUCAAUCAUUUAUUAUGAUAAAUAUCCAGUGAGAGAGGUGAAGAGAGGUUUCCUUCUCCAUGAGGUAGGUUGACUUUUCAAUGGUUUCUAUAAAUAGUUAAUAAUAUAUAUUGCUGUCAUAGGUGGGCCUGGGGUAGGGUCCUUUUUUUUUUUUUUCUUUGUUUUGAUUUUGGUGGGGUGCAAAGAGAGAUGCUCUUUGUUUUUGAUCUUGUACUCUACUUACACACAUGCAAUUGGCAUAAUUGUAAUUAAACUCUUUUGUUAAUAAUUAAGUGCCAUUUUUUCCUCUUUGAAA